AUGUCGAACUGCAAGACAGCAGAUACCUACAAUUUUUUACAUAUAUUAGCCUGCCUCCUCGCCACCCCUUUUAUCAUCACUUUCUUCGUUAAUUCUGACGGGGACGUGGUUAAGGAUAUUGAGGAUAUGGUCGAGGACACGAUCGAGGACGCGAUCGAGGACGUGACCGAGGACCAAAGCGCGCACAGGGAGGUGUAUUAG